AUAUGUCAGCCACUGAAGUACCACUCUAUCAUGUCAAAGCAAAGAGUCAUUAGGUUUGCAUGUUUUUCUUGGUUCACAACUUUCUGCAUUAUGGCCGUGAAUAACUUUCUAACAUCCAGACUAAAGUUAUGCAGCCCGUAUAUUUCCAGACUCUUCUGUGGGAACUGGAGUAUUGUUCAACUCGCUUGUUUUCCAGCACAAACAACAAUCAAUGCUAUAUCUGCAAAUAUUGCAAUAAUUAUUUAUUGUCUUCAUGGUGUUUUCAUAGUUUGGUCCUAUAUGUAUAUCAUUCAAACAUGUGUAAAGUCUAUAGAAAACAGGGCAAAGUUCAUGCAAACAUGUGUCCCACAUCUCGUCUCAUUAUUUACUUUUGUUGUGGCAAUACUUACUGAUGUUAUAAAUAUGCGACUGGGUUCGAAAGAGUUGCCUCGGACCCUUCAAAACUUUAUAGCAAUAGAGUUUCUUGUCAUUCCUCCUAUCAUGAAUCCUCUGAUAUACGGUUUCAAACUGACCAAAAUUCGAAAAAGAAUUUAUAGUGUGGCUCAGCACAGAGUUGAGAGCUACGUCGAUGGCAUCUUCUGUGGAUCUGUUCGCAUAAUUUGCAAACUGGUAAUCACUGGUCUGAUCCACAAUGAAGACGAGUCCGCAUACAGACAGGAGGUGGACCAGCUGUUCUGCUGCAGUCAGAACCACCUGGAGCCGACUGUGGAGAUGACGGUGAACCUUCAGAGAGACCCCCCCUCACUGUCCUUAACAAUAGAUUACUUACCGUGGAUCACUUCAGAUUCCUAG